UACCACUACGUUCAUCAAAUGGGCCAAAGACGCGGGAUUGUAGACCGAAAGCAGGAUUACCCGGUGUUCGUUGUACAUAUGCUGUGGAUAAUGCUUCUAUAAUGUUGGAUUACCAGCAAUAGGGAUAGAUUGUGGAGGAACUAAGGAGAGGUGCUUAGACUCGAGUGUAGGUGAGCCAGGACCGGGGAAUGGCAAGCAUACGGGUUUUAUUAGAAGCAUUUGGUGAUGCUGGCCGUCCUCUUUCGAAGUCCCCGGAUGUAACCUCAGCUACCAACCUCGUCCGACUGUGUUAUUUCGUGGUGCUUAUCAGUUAUGCAUUGUGUGCCGGAGAUGAGGAGUGUUUGGGUAACACUACACGUGUAUAUCGUCAGCUAGCCAAGAACAUCAAGUGUUACGAGUGUUCAACGCUGAAGGGCGACAAAUUCUGUGCCGACCCUUUCAACGCAUCACAUCCGAAUGCACAAGCAAAGAACUGUGAAGGAGCCUGUGCUAAGUGGGUCAGAAUCCCAAAGCAAGGCGCUGUUCAUUACAUCCGGACUUGCUCUGCCACGCUCAAUAUGCAGAUGCAUGUCUCUCUGGUUUGUAUGAAGGAAUCGCGGCCUGGGGACGGCCAUCUUUGCUUCUGCAAGUCGAAGAAAUGUAACGGCGCCACCCGGCCUAGUGCGGACUAUUUCGGGACGGCUAUGGUCGUUAUAAUCGCCUUGUUAACCUUAUUGUUCAAUAAUAGAAAGACGUUAGACGGUAUUGAGGAUUUUGUCCAAUGUUUAAACCAGGAUGCAUCAAAACCCCACGCUCAAAGUCGAAAGAAGAAUCAGUGGUUAGACUCCGAGACAAAAUGGCCGACUGGUAAAACCGAGCAGGUGAUAUGCCCGGAUGUAAAUAGACUGUGGUCAUUGCAGAGAUCCGCCGAUAACUGUGUGGAAUCAACAUCUUCCGCGCCUUCUCUAGAUGCGUUAUACAAUGAUGGUGGUCACCAUGGUGUCAAAAAACGUGACCUCAACUACGCCGCUUUGGAACCAAACAUCCGGGAACCCGAUCCUAGAUGCACUGGGCUACAGACGCUUUCAGCGAGGGGGCCUUACUUAUUGCAUCAAUCCAAGUCUUCGCUUCAAUUAAGAACUUCAGGAUAUAGUUCAAUGUAGUCAAUUUGAAUAUUCUAUGGAGGUUUUCUGGCUUUUCUCACGUUAAAAUUAUGCAUUAUAUGUGUCUUCGGAAUCUGAGAGUAGAUACGUUGUCUACCUUUUCUUAUAGAUAUAUGCUCACCUUAAUAAAACGAAUUAUUUUCAAGGAAUAAUGUCCAAGUGUUGAGUAUAUCAAAACACGGGACAACGUGCCAAAUGUGACGAAGCAGGGAAUAGAUAUGACGUCAACAAUAAUGAAGAUGACGUCAGAAACACAUAUCGUGGAAUCUCACGAUAACACAUUGCCUUGUCCUCUGAUAUUGGAUAUCGGUAGUGGAAUGAAUGAAGAGGAAGUGUGGCGUCAUAGAAGAAGAGAACCGACAAAGAAGAAGAGAGAACCUCACGUUGGAUUAGUACCGAUUCACUCCCCAGAUGGCAGGGCAAAAUGCAGAUGACCAUGGUUGCCAAUUUGGACCAAUGUGUGCACGUACUUUAUUUGCAUUCCAGGCCACAAAUCAAGCUCGCCGAUUGGCUGGAAAGUGUUCACAGAAGUAGGCUUGGCCGCGGACUCAUUUCGUCCUGGCAUCUCUCGAAUAGAUCGGGUACUAAUCCCAAUUCGAGAUAGAAUGUGUGGCAUGCAAUUUAUAUCAUGUCUUUUUUAUAUAUAUCAAACGACUAGUAUAUCAUCACUGUUUAACUGUUUCAACUUUUCUCCGAAUAUCAAGUUUUGGUUCGUUCUUAGGCAUGGUCAUAAUCACACAAUGGAACAGAAGGGCGGCUAAUAACUUGAACAGUCAAUCGAGAAAUAAAGUGGUACAACCAAUCUUUAUUCUUUGAUGUAAUUGGCCCAGCAAAUUAUGCAUAGCGGCCGAAAAGAAGAUAAUCUAAAAGCGACUAAAGUUUGUUUGUAUUUAAGUGACCAAAGAGUUCUCACAAGUAGUUUUCUGUUCAAGGCUAUUUGUGUCACGUUAAGGCAAGAUUUCCUGCUGAUUAGUAUUAAUGAAAACUGCUUCUACGACAAUAUCAAACUGAGAUGAAAAUAUGCAAUAAUAUGUAUUCAAUUGAACUAUUUGAUUGCCGGAAGCUGCGCUUUCCAGCCUUCUUUUUAUUUUGGAUUCACAUAAGCCCGUUCCGUUUUUCCCCAACUUACUUGUGGGUACGGUGUAUCAUAACAUACAGACCAUAGUGAGAGGCAUAACUGCUGCCAUCUUUACAAAAGUAGGUAGAUAAUGACGUGUUUCGUUCAUUGCAUUACAGACUAGAUUCCUCAUUUUAGUGAGCGGUUUCGAUAACAGUCACCAGUCACAACCCAAAUCCCGGUAUCAAUAGAAAAUCUUCCAUGUGAGGAAUGUUAAGACGACAUUAUGCAAUUAUUCUUGGCCCAAUUCAUUUCUCCCUUCCCGCAAUCUGUAAACAGGUUAAACUGUGUGACGUCAUUAGAUAGAGUGUAAUUAGCUCUGAAAUUCAAAAUUUUGUCACAACUUAAUUGCAGCCCAUAAAUCUGUGAGAUAUGUUCAAAGUGUACAUAGUGUAAAUAUACAAUCGAAUAGAUGUAGGUGUCGGGCAAUUUUGGCAAACACCGACGCCUCUGACCCCUAUAUCGAGUAGUUCGAAAACCAACAUGUUAUAAGGAAUGGUUCGUGCCUAAAGCCCGAGGACAGCCAGUAGGAUACUUAGUAUUUAAGAGAUCACGAGGCCAAGUUUUCUUGCCUUUUUUAUUUGUGCUGAAAAUCAAUAUUCUCUUCUCAAAUUUCGUGUAUUGUUUUCCAAGGACAAAACUCGGUAAUUCAUCAGUGAAGCAUACGCCGUAUCCAUAUAGCAAAGUGAUGAAAACUCAGUCAAAGUCUGUGGUACGAAAUUGUCACGCUUUAUACUGUGUGUACUACUGAUACAGCAGCAAAGAGUAAACAUCAACGAAACGACACGUGCAAAAAGUAGCUUUAAACAAGUGACGUAUAUAGAUGAUGCGUUUGCGUAGGUUUUCACAAUGUAUUUUCACAAGUCGAACCUCCAUUGAUGAUAUGCCGAGCUUGAUAGUCGAGGUAGUAAUUAUCAUUUUAGAUUAAUCGCCGUUAGACCGUUAGACCUUCUAAUGGUUGUGAGUAGGGUAGAUCACUUUCUGAACUUUUCCGACUUUUACCGAACAGUCGUCGGUAAUCCUCGGUAAAUACAUUGUUGAAAUUUGUUGCCUUAUGAAAUUGUUAAUUCAUUAUAAAUCUAACACAUGUACAUUUUUGCUAUUAAUUACAUUUUCUAUGCACAAUGGUCUUUCUUGUACAGUGUCAUAUAAUAUUAUAUGAAUUGUUCAUAAUGUAAGAUAGUAAUGUUGUUCCACUGCAUGCCAUGAGUAGAGAGGUCGCGUAGCCCCCUCAGAAAGAGAGCAGCUUUCUGUUAUGAAAUUGGUACCAGCGAUCAAGCGAAGGUCUUACCAACCCAAUACACAGAAGAAUUCUGAACAGGUCACCCUAAAGGCGUUCACAAGAAUUUCUACCAAUAGUCCAAAAGAUAAAAUGCCCUUCUGUUUCCGAAAGAAUGAAAUCUAAAAUUACUAAAAGGAAGUUGAAUCAUGGGGUGUACACUGAUAAUAAAACCAAAAUGCUUUACCUUUCGAGGAAGUGGAGCUAGCUCGUCAUCAUACUGAUAACCUGAUUCGACAAUCACGAAUCCGCAAUGAAGGAUGCUUCAUCCUGUCAUAAGUUCUCUCUUUCAGGGAGCAUGCGCGACUUGGUAUGCAGUGAUUGCUUGCACUGCACCAGUGCAAUUUUACCAAUAAACACGAAUGAUUAUAGGAGUUUUGUUACCUGCAUGGCAAUCAAGUCGAUCCCCAAAGGAUCUGUCACGAGGUAUCCACGGAAAUCAGAACAAAUGGUACGUAUGAAGGUCAUUAGUCUCUGUACCUACGCACCUUAAUCUGUCACCGAACGCCUUAUCCAGGGGGACACGUCUGGUUCAUGCAGUUGUUUCUUGACAUUUAUUGACAAACCUCAAUUUGUUUAUUCUGCGAUUUUGAAUUACUAUGACUUAAACAGCAUCCUCAUUACAACCGUUCUAAAGACAUAAAAGGGGUAUGUUGCAUAUUCCCGCAUCAUACUUGACAUGGGGCAUGUCAAUCUAUUCUCAAGCCGGAAAGUAACGCUAACCACAGUAGAAGCGGCAAUCAAAACAUGACUUUCAUAUUUGGAACAAAAAAUAAUCGCGGCUCAUUCCAAAGAGUGUUGUUUUAUCAGUCUCGUUAAAAAAGGUGCGCAGUGCUAAUAGUGCUUUUUGGUCAAUAGUAUCUACGAUUUUACCAAGGUUUUGAAAUCACGAUCCAAAGUGGAUUGUAUAUCAAGAUAAAAAUGUGCCAGUCUGUUAUUGCCACCUAGUUUCGGCCAUCAGCAAGUUAAACAAACUUCUUGGUUUUGUAUUUACAACACUUUCGCAUCUAGUUAACUCAUCACAAUUUUUCAUGAACAUUUAGUAUCAGAGAUAUGACAUGCCUAUUUCACAAAGGGGAUCUUCAUCGACCGCAUCAAGGACCUAGUCAGGUUGGACAUUGUUAUGAUACACUUCAUGAUAUGCUUCAUGAUACACUGUCUUAGGCCUCCAGGAGGCCAUCUCGAGUAGGCAUGGCAUGUCACUGAUUCAAAGUAGAACGGGUCUUUAAAUGCACAGAAUGCAGGAGAACAAAAUUCAAUCUUGUCCUCAGUUGAAUGAAUAUUGUCAUUUUUACAAACUAAACUAUAUAAUCACGACCCAUACUCCUUAUCUAGACAUUCCCCUAGCUCCCUUCCGUUUGGCUGUUUCAAAACUGGGUUGUUACACACAUUGACUUUAUUCUAAUGUUCAGUUCCAUACAGGUUAUUAUUUGGGAAUGUUGUUAAGCCUAUUUUGCUACUUUUGCAUUUAAAACUAUGAAAUAAAACAAACCAAUAAAUAAUCAUUUUCUAGAUCGAAA